UAGAAAGGCUUCCUUUUAAUUUCUGAGAAUUGAGAGCAGGCUUCGCCUUAGGAGGGGUAAUGGUCUCCACUACCCGAGUCAGGAGGGUUAGGGCCACAGCACACGGGGCCUAGGCUGUAGCUGAAUCUGUGAGCAUCUGGGGGAGGGGAGGGCCCUGGAAGCAGAGAAGGAAAAAUCAGUUCCUGAUUUCCAACUGGGAGUUCACAGCUUCUCAACAGCUCCACACCCAAAGGACUAGGAAGUUGGGCUUUUUGUGCAUUUCAAAGUCCUGCCUGCAGGGGAGCAGUUUAUAGGUGGAGAGACUUGGCUGCCUUUAAAGGUGUGUUCUCCUGAUGCAGCUGGGACUCCUCCACGGAGAUCUUGUGAGAGAGCUCGCUAGAGGCCGAGGUGGACGGAGCAGAGAUGGCGGGGUCUCAGCGACUGCUGACAUUCAGGGAUGUGGCCAUAGAAUUCUCUCAGGAGGAGUGGACAUGCCUGAACCACACUCAGCGGAAACUCUACAGGGAUGUGAUGUUAGAGAACUACGGACACCUCCUCUUCUUGGGUCUCAUUGUGUCAAAGCCAGACCUGGUCUCCUUUUUGGAGCAAAAGACAGAGACUUGGAGAGUGAUGAGAAAGAAGAGAGUAACCAUCCAUCCAGCCAUAUCUUUUCGUGACACCCAGAGCUUGCUGUCAAAGCCAAGCAUCGAAUCUUCUUUCCAAAGAGUGUCAUUGGGUAAAUUAAGAAAUAAUGCCAUUGAGAAUUUACAGUUCAUGACAGACUGGGACAAUGAUGGAGAGAGUGAAGGGCAUCAAAGACAUCAUGAAGGCCACAACCAUACUGCAAUAUCUACACAUAAUAAGAAUCUCCCUGCCCAAAAUGGUGAAGGAUAUAGAACAUUUUCAGUAACCUCCCUUUUUAAGUCUGCUACUUCCACAAAGCAGUGUGUUUCUGAAAACAAAAACUCAAAUCAAAUAUUCAAACUUACAUAUAUAGGGAACGACUACAGUUUGGAAAAUCUGGGAAGUUACCUAGUCCAUGCUGAAAAUAAUUAUUUGAACCCUUGUGAAAAAAGAAUUGGAUUGACUAUUCAGUCAAAUUUUUCUAAAAAUCAGAGAUUUAAAAAUGAAGAACAAAGUGCUAAACAGGAUCCAUUUGAGAGGUGUUUCACUAAGGAGUCGACCCUACAAAAUUACCAGAGCCUGUUCAACGGAGACAGAGUUGCUCAAUGCAGUGAAUCUGAGAAAACAUUUAACCAGGGCUCCAAUGUUGGUCGAUGUGUGAGGACUCGGCUUCUAGGGAACCAUCAUGAGGGUAGUAAAUGUGCGGAAGUCUUUUAUCAAAAGUCUAACCUUAGUACACAAAGUAGUAUGAAUACAGGAGAGAAUCCUAAAAAUGAAUGUGAGAGUGCUCUUAACCAGUCCUCCAAUGUUGAUGAUCAACAGAGAAUUCAUGUGGGAAAAAACCCAUUCAGGUGUAAUCAACCUGGGAAAAUGUUUUGUCAAGCACCAAGGCUAAGUAUACAUAAGACAGUUCAUAGUGGAGAGAAAAGUGACAUUUGUAAGGAAUGUGGCAAAGAUUUUGACUUGGACUCAGUACUUCCUCAACAUCACGGAACGUGUACCGGAGAGAAACCGUACAAAUGUGAAGAAUGUGGUAAAACCUUUAAAGUCUGCUUAACCCUAAAUAGACAUAGGCGAAUCCAUACUGGAGACAAACUUUACAAAUGUGAAGAAUGUGGCAAGGCCUUUACACAGCACUCAACCCUUACUCAACAUCACACAAUUCAUACUGGCCAGAAACCUCACAAAUGUGAGGAAUGUGGCAAGACCUUUACAAGGCGUUCAUAUCUUACUCAACAUCACAGAAUUCACACUGGAGAGAAACCUUACAAAUGUAUAGAAUGUGGCAGGGCCUUUAACGCUCGUUCACCUCUUAUUCUACAUCAUAAAAUUCAUACUAGAGAGAAAUGUUACAAAUGUAAAACAUGUGGCAAAGCCUUUAACCAGCGCUCACUCCUUUCUAAACAUUUGAGAAUUCAUAUUACAGGAGAACAUUACAAAUGUAAAGAAUGUGGCUCGGCCUUUACACAGCACUGGAGCCUUAUUCAACAUCACAGAAUGCAUACUGGCGGAAAACCUCACAAAUGUGAGGAAUGUGGCAAGACCUUUACUAGGCAUUCAUAUCUUACUCAACAUCAGAGAAUUCACACUGGAGAGAAACCUUACAAAUGUAAAGAAUGUGGCAAAGCCUUUUACACUCAUUCAUAUCUGAUUCAACAUCACAGAAUUCAUGCUGGAGAGAAACCUUACAAAUGUAAGGAAUGUGGCAAGGCAUUUCACCAUCAUUCAAGCCUUACUAAACAUCACAGAAUUCAUUCUGAAGAGAAACCUUACAAAUGUAAAGAAUGUGGCAGGGCGUUCACACAGUGCUCGACCCUUACUCAACAUCACAAAAUCCAUACUGGCGAGAAACCUCACAAAUGUGGGGAAUGUGGCAAGGCCUUUACACAGCACUCAAGCCUUACUCAACAUCACACAAUUCAUACUGGCCAGAAACCUCACAAAUGUGAGGAGUGUGGCAAGACCUUUACAAGGCGUUCAUAUCUUACUCAACAUCACAGAAUUCACACUGGAGAGAAAACUUACACAUGUAAAGAAUGUGACAGGGCUUUUAACACUCGUUCACUUCUUAUUCUACAUCAUAAAAUUCAUACUGGAGAGAAACGUUACAAAUGUAAAACAUGUGGCAAAGCCUUUAACCAGCGCUCACUCCUUUCUAAACAUUUGAGAAUUCAUAUUACAGGAGAACGUUACAAAUGUAAAGAAUGUGGCACGGCCUUUACACAGCACUGGAGCCUUAUUCAACAUCACAGAACGCAUACUGGUGGAAAACCUCACAAAUGUGGGGAAUGUGGCAAGACCUUUACUAGGCAUUCAUAUCUUACUCAACAUCACAGAAUUCACACUGGAGAGAAACCUUACAAAUGUAAAGAAUGUGGCAAAGCCUUUUACACUCAUUCAUGUCUUAUUCAACAUCACAGAAUUCAUACUGGAGAGAAACCUUACAAAUGUAAGGAAUGUGGCAAGGCAUUCCAUCAUAAUUCAAGCCUUACUAAACAUCUCAGAAUUCAUUCUAAAGAGAAACCUUACAAAUGUAAAGAAUGUGGCAGGGCGUUUACACAGUGCUCGACCCUUACUCAACAUCACAGAAUUCAUACUGGCGAGAAACCUCACAAAUGUGGGGAAUGUGGCAAGACCUUUACUAAGCAUUCAUCUCUUACUCAACAUCACAGAAUUCAUACUGGUGAAAAACCUCACAAAUGUGAGGAAUGUGGCAAGACCUUUUCUAGGCAUUCAUCUCUUACUCAACAUCACAGAAUUCAUACUGGCGAGAAACCUCACAAAUGUGAGGAAUGUGGCAAGACCUUUGCUAGACAUUCACAUCUUACUCAACAUCACAGAAUUCAUACUGGCGAGAAACCUCACAAAUGUGAUGAGUGUGGCAAGACCUUUACUAGGCAUUCAUAUCUUACUGAACAUCACAGAAUUCAUACUGGCGAGAAACCUCACAAAUGUGAGGAAUGUGGCAAGACCUUUGCUAGGCAAUUAUAUCUUACUCAACAUCACAGAAUUCAUACUGGCGAGAAACCUCACAAAUGUGAGGAAUGUGGCAAGACCUUUGCUAGGCAUUUAUAUCUUACUCAACAUCACAGAAUUCAUACUGGUGAGAAACCUCACAAAUGUGAGAUAUGUGGCAAGACCUUUACUUGUCGUUCAUAUCUUACCCAUCAUCAUAGAAUUCAUACUAAAGAGAAACCUUACAAAUGUAAAGAAUGUGGGAAGGUCUUUAGCCACCACUCAAGCCUUAGUCAUCAUCACAGAAUUCAUACUGGAGAGAACUAUAAAUGUAAAGAAUGUGACAAGGCCUUUAUCCAGGACUCAUACCUUACUCGUCAUCACAGAAUUCACUCUAGAGAAAAACCUUAACAAAUGUAAAGAAUGUGGUGAGGCCGUUUAAUCACUGUUCAACCUUUACUCAUUAUCAAAGAAGUCCUACUAGAGCAAGGCUGCAAGAUUUUUGGAUUGUGAGAGACUUUUUUUUAAGUUCUUUUAAGCAACAAAAAACUUGAGUUCAACGGAAAAUGAUGAAUAUUCUUUUCUUUUAGAGUAAUUUAUCCCUACUGUAAGACAGAUUGUCUAAAACUGUAUACUAUGAAAUUAUAUAAAAUAUUCCUUGAUUUUACAAUGAUUAAUGAAAAACUUAAAAAUUCUCCAAUCCAACUGUGGAGGCCAAGAAAAUUAAGGCCAUUCCACCUUAAGGUCAACGUUAGCAGAAGUACAGCCAUCUCAGGCCCCUGUGAAUAAGAGCUGAAUUUUACCUUACUUCGGUUACAGUUAAAAACAGCUUACAGCUUAACGCCCUAGAAAGUCCCAUAUCAGAAUGAGAACAGAGCUUAAUGCCUUUGAAAGCUACAUAUCAGAAUGUAAACAGAACUUGAGAAAUUCCUCCACCCCUUCUGGAGGUCACCUAGACCAGUCCAUAAAACUAAGCUGGAACCCACCUCAGGGUGCAAGUCCCUGCGCCGCUGUCGAGACACUUGAACCCAAGCUCAACCUUGUAAAUAAACCCUCGUGUGUUUGAUUAA